AUGAAGCGAUGUAACCGUUGCCAUAUCAAUUUGCGAGCGGGCGACCGAGUAAUUCCAAUCAAAUGUCAAUUUUCGCGCCGAAACGUCAAACGUCAGUCGGCCAUCUUGGGGCAUGCUCAUUGGCGCGCUCGGGGGUUGGCCGCGGGGCGAGCAGAGGGACGUACUGCCGUCCCGCUCGCGCACCGUUACGUAAUACGGAACCGGGCGAGCGGCGUGAGGCCGCGGCGCGAGUUCCGCAUGCGGGAGCCAGUCCGAAGGGUUGCUAUCGAUUUUUCCGCCGGGUUUGCGGCAGUCGCCCGUCACGCCGGUGCCCAGCGCGAAAAAACACACCCGUGCCGCGCUCCGCGUGCUAAGGCGCCCGUUUCGCGUGCAAAACCCAAAAGUCGCGGCUCAAUCUCGGUUUGGCGGUAUCGAUUGGGCCCGAAACGCGUCAGUUUGUGCGACUGUCCUGUCCUGCGAGCGAGAUUUCCAGCGUCACAUGCGCCUGGUUCCCUUCGCCAGGAGGGCGUAGAGCUUAGCCCCUGUCCCGCGCCAACGCCCCCCGAGGCUGCCCCCAGA